UCGAAAAUUUUAAAAUCGAAAUUGCUGACGGCAACCAUAACUUCUAGUUAACGGCAAUAUCAUCUGUAUGCAACAGGAUUCGUUUCAACGCUACUUCAACAGAAACUUCAUUGUGGAUGGUAUACUACAAGGUGGCCACCGCGUGAACACGUGGUUGGGUAUAACCGCCUAUGUAUACCAAAGCGCAGUGCCAGAUAAAAGGCGAACUGAACGGCAACAUCUACACCGUGGUCGGCGAUUUAAAUUUCGGCAAAAAUCGCGACGGCCGUUAAAUACGCAAAUCUCCCAAGUGUAUUUUUCGCGCCCAUUACGCUACUACAGCCUCUUCAUUCUGCUGAUCGUAAUGUUCUCUUUGCAUUUUGUGGCGCGUACAAUGUACUUCAAUCAGGUUUUUCUCCGCAGCUCAGCAGUGCUGUCCUUUGUCGGCUUCAGCCGAUUUUCAUUCUUGCAUAUAUGUGUCAUCGGCACGCUAAUACGUCAAUUCCGCAAGCAACGGGAGCUCAUCACGUGCACCAAUCGCAUGCUGCGUUUGCAGCGAAGCAUAAGCCGGAUUGCCAGCCAGCUGCGAAGCAAUGCAGGACACAUCCCAUCGCGGCCACAAUAUGACAGAUACACGGCGUUCAUGUUAUGUUGUAAGCUGAUACCGUUACUAUUGUCACCCACAUGGACUAUAUUCAUUGUGCGGAUAGAGCAUGUACUACAGCGUCCCGCAUACCUCGUUGCGCUGCUCAUCCUCUACUAUUGUCAGCUGGCUUUGCAGUUAACCCUCAGCACUUACUUUGUGAACACCUUGAUGUUGGCGCAGCAAAGCAAGAAGGUGAAUGCGCUAUUACGGACAGUCUUGCAACAAGCCGCUAAGUAUUCGUUGCAUUCACGGCCAUUCAAUACGCGUUGUCGAUAUCAGUUUCACACGCUGGUGUACAUAAUAAAGCGACUACGUUCGGCUCACGAGGCAAAUUCUCAAAUCAGUGGCUCAAUGACUCGCCUCUAUGGUCCUCAGCUGGUGGCCUUUCUCGGUUUUGUGUUGACCGAAUGCACUGUGCAGUUUUUCGUGCUCUACUUCACAUCUUGCAGUCAACAUGCUGCAUUUCCAUUUAGACCAGCACCACAGUCACGAGGAGAAUUCUGUUAUAUAAGAUGGAAUAUAUGGGCUAUGGUUUACGUCUUUGGCUUGCUCAGUGACAUGUCUUUGGUUGUCAGUGCAGCACAUCAACUGCAAUCACGUGUACAAGCCACACGAGUCGUGCUGGCGGAAGGUAGUGCUCGUUUGCCGUUGUUGCAAGCCAUGUGCCGCCAUUGCAGCGAUGUACAGUUGGCGCGUACGUUGGCCGACUUUGCUCUCUAUUUGCGCAUGGAUAAUCAACAACAACCUAAGAUUGGGCGACGCUAUGUUUCUGUUAUGAUAUGUGGCCUGUUUGCUAUGGAACGUCGUUUGAUAUUUGUCAUUUUGCAAACAAUCUUAAAUUAUCUGCUCAUACUUAUCCAGUAUGACAAAGUUACUUAAGAAAAUGUAUUAUUAUCCUUCAAUCAUAUGUUUUUUGUAGUCAUUGUAAAUAUGUUACGUAAUAAAAUACGGGCUUAAUGAUGUGUUUCACCUUAUA